AUGCAGCAAGUCCUGCUGUCCCCGAGGCACAGCAAGAGCGGCCUCAAGAUUGAUGUUACCACAUCGCAGAGCGUGGCGUGGGAACAGGAAGAAGCCUGCAAUUUUAGGAGACGAGAGAGGCGCGUGUGCGACCGUCCUCCCUGCCUUGGCGAGGGAAGCAGCACCAUCCAGCCGCACGAAGCAAGCAUCCAGGCGCUGUGCUGGACGCUCGACCCCAUCACUCGGAGGCGCCCUGGCACGGCAGGGGCCGAGCAGGGCCCUCCCCUUCCCCAGCAGCAGGCUGGGGCAGAAGCAGGCGGGGGGCACACAAGUUGCCUUUCGCUUUAUUUUCUUUCCUCUUCUCGCAGACGGAAGCUGGCAGAGCGUACGGAGGCGAGCGUGCAGGUGUCAGAGUUCAACGUCAGCUGCAAAGGUGCUGGGGAGAAGCUGGUUCUGUCUGAGCUCCUGCAGCCCAUCCGGCCCAAAUCCGCCCUGAGCAGCGUGAAGAAAGAGCUGAGCAGAGUGAAGCAGAAAAAGGCGGUGGAGCUGCCGCUCAGCAAAGAGGAGGCGAAGCGGGUCGUGAGGGAAGCUGCCUACGUCAGGACCUCUAAAGACGUGGGCAAAUGGCAGCAGGUGGUUUUGCAGAACCGGCGGGCGGAGCAGCUGGUUUUCCCUCUGAAGCAGGAGAUCCCUACGGUCGUCCCUCUGGAGCAGGUGGCUUCAGCAUGGAAGGCCCGAACUCCCCUGGAGCAGGAGAUCUUUGCGCUGCUCCACAAGACGCAGCAGCCCAUCACAGACCCGCUCCUGACGCCAGAGGAGACAGCCUCGCUGCAGGCAAUGAGCUUGGAGGAGGCCCAGCGCCGGCGGGCAGAGCUACAGAAGGCUCGGGCUGUGCAGUCCUACUACGAAGCCAAGGCUCGUCGAGAGAAGAAGAUCAAGAGCAAGAAGUACCAUCGCGUGCUGAAAAAAAGCAAGAGACGCAAGGCCUUAAAGGAGUUUGAGCUGCUGCAUAAGUCAGACCCUGAGGCCGCCUUGGCCAGGCUGGAGGAGCUGGAGCAGCUCAGGAUGCAGGAGCGGAUGAGUCUUAAGCACCAGAACAAGGGAAAAUGGGCCCGCUCCAGGGCCAUUAUGGCUAAAUAUGACCUGGAGGCCCGCAAGGCAAUGCAGGAGCAGCUGGACAAGAACAAGGAGUUGAUGCAGAAGGUGCGGGUGGAGCUGCCCGAGGAGGAGCCAGCUGAUGUCCCUGAGGAGGACCUCACGCCAGUGACCGUCCCCACCAUCCCCACGGGUGCCAGCGGAGCUAAUCCCUGGAUGCUGGGCAAGCCCAGCAGCCCAGCCGAGGAGCCUGAGGUGCAGGAGGGUCUUGGAGACGUUGCGGUGCCUGCUGCUGUGGAGAGCAAGGAGGAGAUGGAGGAGGAGGAGGAGGAGAUGUCAGAGGAGGAAGCUCUGCUACAAGACUUUGCGCAGAAACGGCACGCGCGGCAGCAGCGGGCAGGGAGCGCUGAGGGACAAGGUGAGGAGCUCGCAGCGCCGGGCAGCACGGGCCUGGUGUGCCGCAGGGCUGGGCAAACAAAAGGGGGCCGGGGGGGCUGGUUUGUGCCCCAACUGACACUGCUGUCCUGCUCUCCUCCCUGCUCGUGGGUGACUGUUUCUCACCUCUUGCCUCUGUGCGUAGGUGCUGAUGAGGCGGAGACGGUUUCUGAACCGCCAGGGGACAGCCCCAUCCAGCCCAUCUGUGCCGAGGAGCCGGCGAGCCCAGGGAUCGAGCAGCCACCCCAAGCCCAGGAGGAGAUCCUGCUGUCGGAGCAGCUGCGCCGGGUGCGGACGAUGGAGGAUGUCGAGGCUCUGGCCUCAGAGGAGCGUGCGGAAGAACAGGAGAAGCCACCAGCCGCAAGAGCAGAGAAGCAAGUGCAGCAGCAGGAGCAAGGCAAAGCUGGGGACAGGCAUGCCAAGAACGCCCCAGCCAAAAAGAAGAAGAAGAUCAUUAGCCUGCAGGCCAUGCUGGCUGGGAAGUCCCAGGAGGUUCAAUGCCCCAGUCUACCUGUGGUCGUGGAGGAAGAGGAGGGUGGCAUCGACCAAAGAGCGGUGAUCACAGAGGCCUUUGCCGGAGACGACGUGGUCGCUGACUUCCGCCGGGAGAAGCGCAAGGCAGAGGAGGCUGCGAAGCCACAGCCGGUGAACCUGGUGCUGCCAGGCUGGGGCGAGUGGGGAGGCACGGGACUGAAGCCCAGCGCCAAGAAAGUAAAACGGUUCCUGCUCAAGCCGCUCCCGGCGCCUCCCAGGAAGGACCAGCACUUGCCCCAUGUCAUCAUGAGCGAGAAGCGCAAUAUCCACGCGGCAGCGCACCAGGUCAGCGAGCUGCCCUUCCCCUUUGAGAGGCACCAGCAGUUUGAGCAGAGCAUCCGGAUGCCCGUGGGCCCCACCUGGAACACGCAGCGUGCCUUCCAGAAGCUGACCGCCCCCCGCGUCGUUACCCGAGCGGGCCACAUCAUCCAGCCCAUCUCUGCCGAGGAUGUCCCCGACAUGGCCACCGCAGCUGGCACUGGAGCCAAGCCAGCGCUAGAAAUCGUGCCCAAGCAGCAAGAGCUGGGCUGGGGCCUCCUCAGCUGCCCCAGAGCGGGAGCGACUCUUCCCACCGGGGCUGGGGCGAUGGUGGCACCGGUGCAGUCCCUUCCUGGGGCGCUGAUCCUGCAGAGGACCGAGGCCACCAGGUCUGAAACCCACUCGGGCCUUGGUGGCGCGGGCAGGUUUACGGCUGCCACAAGCCAGGACCACCUGAAGCAGUGA